ACCACGCUAGAGAAGCCUGGCUAUCCCUGUGAAGCUCGAGCCUGCAUAAAGUUGUAUUUAUUAUCCAUUUUACUCUAUGUUGCGAACGUAAAUAUUGUGUUUGUUAACAAAACAGUAAGAUAUAUGAGCGUGAAUCUGCAGGUGUGUGGAUAGUUGUUUGGAAAUAUCCUUUGUAAUGAAAUAAUGGAUUUAAACGUGGACAAGCUAGGAUAAGUACGGCAUUAAUUGAAUGCACUGUAACUUGUAGAACACGUUGUGACGCAUUCAGGGACCAGCACUGGCACAUGUGGUCAGUGGAAAUCAAUGCGUUCACGGUGUGUGCCCUAGGGGUUCGUAAUUCAAAUGUAUUAGCAAAACAUUAGCACUGGACGUGCUAGCUCAUGAGUGGUAAUGGACAUUUUCUUUCCAGUCUAGUAUUCUAAUGGAAAAUAAACAAUGCACCGCACACUCUUACAUAACAGGGGACACAACAAUACGAAACCGAAAGCUUCAGACCUUUAAAACUCCACGCGCUGCUCCACCAAAUGACAAAAAGGAUUCUCACUUGUCAAAAGAUGACUGUCUGCAACCCGAUGAGACACAUGGUGAGAGCUACCAUAGAAGAAGACGUUCCAGCAAUGAUGAACCCCCCAGCAGAAGCGGUUUGCUUCUGUUGGUGGCUGGACUCUCCUUUUCUACACGCCUCUACAAAAUAAAAGAGCCCCCUCAUGUGUGCUGGGAUGAGACACACUUCGGGAAGAUGGGAAGCUACUACAUCAACAGGACCUUCUUUUUUGACGUCCACCCUCCUCUUGGAAAGUUGCUGAUUGGACUAGCUGGUUACAUGAGUGGUUACGACGGCACCUUUCCAUUCACAAAACCUGGAGAUAACUAUGAACACCACAACUACUGGGGGAUGAGAGGGUUAUGUGCAGGGUUAGGCUCCUUUCUCCCCAUCUUUGCCUACCUCAUUGUGUUGGAGCUGUCUCAUUCUCACACUGCUGCUCUCAUCGCUGCUACUCUGCUCAUAUUUGACACUGGCUGCAUCACUAUUUCCCAGUACAUUCUGUUGGACCCUAUACUCAUGUUCUUCAUCAUGGCAGCAGUACUGAGCAUGGUCAAGUUCAACCAACAACAACACAGGCCUUUUUCUGCUCCCUGGUGGUUUUGGAUGGUACUAACUGGUGUCAAUCUUUCUGGAGCUCUUGGGGUGAAGUUUGUGGGUCUGUUUGUCAUCCUGCUGGUGGGACUGAAUACAGUGUCUGACCUCUGGAGGCUUUUGGGAGAUCUGGACCUGAUGCUGGUGGACUUCGUAAAGCACCUCCUGGCUCGGGUCGUCGCGCUCAUCCUGCUUCCUGUCUUCCUCUAUGUUACAAUAUUUGCAAUCCACUUUGUUGUGCUAAACAAAAGUGGACCAGGAGAUGGUUUCUUCAGUUCCGCCUUCCAGUCUCGCCUCAUUGGGAACAACCUGCACAACGCAUCCAUGCCUGAGUAUCUGGCAUACGGCUCCACCAUCACGCUAAAAAACCUUCGCAUUGCUGGAGGCUAUUUGCACUCUCAUUGGCACUUAUACCCAGAAGGAGUGGGGGCAAAGCAGCAGCAGGUUACAGCCUACUUGCACAAGGACUACAACAACUUGUGGCUGGUUCACAGGCAGAAUGAUACAAACUCUCAGCGGGGAGCGCCUGAUCUCGUCCGUCAUGGUGACAUCAUCAGAUUGGAGCACAAAGAGACGACUCGCAACCUUCACAGUCACCUCCAUGAGGCUCCUCUGACUAAGAAGCACUUCCAGGUUACGGGUUAUGGCAUGAACGGUACAGGUGACAACAACGACCUUUGGAGGGUUGAGGUGUGUGGAGGUCGCACAGGUGACCCGGUGAAGGUGCUGCGCAGCAAAGUUCGUUUUCUGCACAAAGCUACCGGUUGCGUCCUUUUCUCCUCUGGGAAAACCCUUCCCAAAUGGGGCUGGGAACAAGUGGAGGUCACCUGCAGUCCCUACUUAAAGGAGACUCUCAGCUCUCAGUGGAAUAUCGAAGAUCACAUCAAUCCCAAAUUGCCCAACAUCAGCCUGUCUGUGCUGAAGCCUCAUUUUCUUGAAAUCCUAAUAGAGUCCCACAUUGUUAUGAUAAGAGGCAACAGCGGUUUGAAGCCUAAAGACAAUGAGGUGACCUCCAAACCCUGGCACUGGCCAAUCAACUACCAGGUGUGUUGGGAUGAAAUCUAUUGUGAAAACGCAUGCAUCAUUUCAAGUAAAUGCUACUCUUUUGUGAAGGGAUUGAGAUUCUCUGGAGUGAAUGAAACAGAGUAUCGUGUCUACUUGCUUGGCAACCCUGUGGUGUGGUGGCUGAAUCUGGCAUGUUUGGGAUUGUAUCUGAUCCUGGUUGCAGUAACCUCGGUUGCCUUCCAAAGAGGUGUCUCUGUGAGCCAAAGAAGGAGAGAACAUUGUUUUGUGCUCAUGAGAGGAGGAGGCCUCUUUUUCCUUGGUUGGCUACUGCACUACAUACCUUUCUACACAAUGGGCCGGGUCCUCUACUUCCAUCACUAUUUUCCUGCCAUGCUCUUUAACAGCAUGCUGACAGGAAUCACACUGGACUUCCUGUUGAAGAUGGCCGACCUUCUGCUCCCCUUGCCGUUUUGUGAGCAGCUACAGAGAGUGUGGAUGGUGUUUAUUCUCUUAGUUAUUCUUUACAGUUUCUACCUGUUCCACCCACUCACCUAUGGCAUGACGGGCCCUUUGGCACACGAACCUGGGAGCUCAAUGGCUAGAGUGAAGUGGAUGGAAUCCUGGGACUUUUAAACAGUUUUACUUGAAGAUGACACUAAAUAUGUAUUACAAAACAGUAAGGGGUGUUAAGCGGUCAUUUGUUUCAAGGUCUUGAAGUAUUGAUGUACUGUAAUAUUUUUUUCAAGGUACAGUACCAUGUGUCGAAGUUGGUGUGAGUCUUGUUACAUCUUGUCAGUGCAAUAUGACAGCAAAGUGUUUUAAGGGUAGGAUCUCACUCAUGACCACCAACCUUCCUCAACUUGCAGGUUAUUUUCCACAGUUGUACCUCGUGUUCUCGUAAUGAUCUCAAGUGCCUCAAAACAUUCUGUGAAAUUAAAACACUUUGUUAAUUUCUUUGUGAGUCAGUUCAACAGUAGCCUAUGUCGUAUUAGCUAGCCUGAAACCAUUUCUUUACGUCAAUAUUUGUGUCCAUUUUUCUAGUGACAUAGCUUUGUAUGCUUAUAUGCAUAUAUUAAGCUCUAUGUUAAUAAAUUAUAUUCUUUUA